AUGACAAGAGGCGGCUGUCCAAGCUCUUAUGUCAUCGUCCAGAUGGUGGCCCGGGCGGUGGGCUGGAUGACGAGCGUCACAACGUUGGUGAUUCUGGCCUUCAUCAUCAACCAAUGGGUAGACAAGGGCGGUGCCAUCGCUGCUGGCCUCGUGGGAUCCGCCAUCGCCAUCCUCAACGACUCGUGGAUCGUUGUCGCCAAGCUCGAUCGUUCCCUCGGCUUCCAGCCACUGUCGCCAGCCCGUGCUCUCCUCCACGAUCUCUUUUCGCUAGCCAUCUCCCUCGGCGGCAUCGUCAUGAUUAUUUUCUCGCGCUACACAUACCAGGCCGACGGGUUUGCCGCUCUCGACAGUGACUCGUCGCCUCAGAUCACAGGCUCGGUGGGAGAAACCGACGUCAUCAGCAGAGAGGGCUUUUCGCAGAACAAGAUGCUGGCUGUUGGGGUGUGGAUGCUCACGGCCGUCGUGUGA